CAAGGCUGGGACUGCGCAUGCGCUAACAUCGGAGUCCUUGGCUGGUCGCAGUCCUGAAGAAGAGUCAUCCUGUGAGGGGCAUAGCCAAAAUGCAGAGCGUGACCCAGCUUUAUCGCUGUUUGGCUUCAAGGGGCCACCAUCUUCCCUGCAAACUCCAUGGAGCUGCCGUGUCUGUCAGAGCCUACAGCGACAAAGCCGCAAUUGAUGCAGAUGUCACAGUGGUGGGCUCAGGUCCAGGCGGUUAUGUUGCUGCAAUUAAAGCUGCACAACUUGGUUUCAAGACAGUCUGUGUUGAGAAAAAUGCCACUCUGGGUGGGACGUGUCUUAACGUCGGCUGCAUCCCCUCAAAGGCUCUGCUCAACAACUCCCACUUGUACCACAUGGCUCACGGCAGGGACUUUGAAAGCAGAGGCAUAGAAAUAACCGGAAUCUCGUUGAACCUGGAGAAGAUGAUGGCCCAGAAGAGUGGGGCAGUGAAGGCGCUGACUGGAGGAAUUGCACAUCUCUUCAAACAGAACAAAGUGACCCACGUCAACGGCUUUGGGAGAGUGACCGGUAAGAACCAGGUGACGGCCACGGCAGAGGACGGCAGCGAGCAGGUGAUCAACACCAAGAACAUCCUCAUAGCCACCGGUUCUGAGGUCACGCCGUUCCCUGGAAUCCAGAUCGACGAAGACACCGUUGUGUCAUCAACAGGAGCUCUGUCGCUGAAGAAGGUGCCAGGCGAACUGAUUGUGAUUGGAGCUGGAGUCAUUGGGGUGGAGCUGGGGUCAGUAUGGCAGCGCCUGGGCUCUAAGGUCACGGCUGUGGAGUUCUUGGGCCAUGUUGGUGGUAUGGGCAUCGACAUGGAGAUUUCAAAGAACUUCCAGCGGAUCCUGCAGAAGCAAGGCCUCAAAUUCAAGCUCAGCACCAAAGUUCUUGGAGCUACCAGGAGGCCUGAUGGCAAGAUUGAUGUGUCAGUGGAGGCUGCAGCCGGCGGGAAGAACGAGACCCUGACCUGCGACGUGCUGCUGGUCUGCAUCGGCAGACGACCGUACACGCAAAACCUCGGCUUGGAUUCUGUUGGGAUUGAGCUGGACAGCAGGGGCCGCAUACCCGUCAACGGCCGUUUUCAGACUCAAGUCCCCAGCAUUUAUGCCAUCGGUGAUGUGGUGGCUGGGCCCAUGUUGGCACACAAGGCCGAGGAUGAGGGCAUCAUUUGUGUGGAGGGCAUGGCUGGAGGCGCUGUGCAUAUUGACUACAACUGUGUUCCUUCUGUCAUCUACACACACCCAGAGUUGGCCUGGGUGGGCAAGACGGAGGAGCAGCUCAAAGAGGAGGGGGUUCCAUACAAAGUCGGCAGGUUCCCUUUUGCAGCCAAUAGCCGAGCCAAGACCAACGCCGACACUGACGGUUUGGUAAAGAUCCUCGGCCACAAAGAAACCGACCGGAUGCUGGGGGCACACAUUCUGGGAACAGGGGCGGGCGAGAUGAUCAAUGAAGCUGCGCUGGCCAUGGAGUACGGGGCGUCCUGUGAGGACGUGGCCCGGGUCUGCCACGCCCAUCCUACGGUGUCAGAGGCCUUCAGGGAGGCCAAUCUGGCCGCAUCCUUUGGCAAAGCCAUCAACUUCUGAUUGGACGGCUGCUGCUGCUGCUGCACCUGCGACACUUCCAGCCGUGCUUCUGCAACAGAAUUCCCAACAGUUUCAACCCUCUGGUGUCGUCUGUGGAUUCAGACUUUUCACAUUUAGCUUAACGUUAUUUGAAUGUUGCAAUAAAAGAAUAAAGGGGUUUGUGUUCAAGAC